AUGCAGGUACGUAACGCGACCCAUAAGAAAAUACUUCCAGCAAGAAAAACUGAUGGGUGGCGAUAUCUAUUAACAUUGCUGUUGGUCAGCAUUGCCUUCGCGAAGCCUACGGAAAAUGAAGACAGCUUCCCUGACGCUGGUGUGGACGAUAGUGAUGAAUUAGCUUUAAAUGAAGAGGAAUCAAGAAAUCUAAGGCCACGAGCAUACACACCAACAGCCUACAAUAACCAACUCCCAAGUGGCUUCAGACCUACGCCCUCACUAGCCGAGUUGGCUGGCUACCAACAAAGGCAGCAGCAGGAACAGGAAGAGUACGCUGUACAACCGAGGCCCACGCAACCGAUCUAUAUAGAAGAACCCCGCCCUCAAGUCCAGAGAGCACCUCAUAGAAAGCAACAACAACAACAACAACAAUCAAGACUCCAACAGAGACCAAUCCAAGCGGUAGAGGAGGAGUUGGAAGAAGAAGAAGAGAAGGAGGAACCAGACCGUCUCUCUGCGCUUCUACAGCAAUCCAAAUUCAACUGUGUCAACAAACAGACCGGAUACUAUGCUGAUGAGGAGCUUAACUGCGAAGUCUUCCAUUACUGCCAAGACAAUGCAAAGCACUCCUGGAUCUGUCCUGAAGGCUUCGCUUUCCACCAGGUCCACUUAAUCUGUAUGCCACCUACCCACGAGAGCAUUUGCCAAAAGUCUUCAAAGUACCACUUCGUCAACGACUACCUGUACAGACCUAUUAACGAAGAAGAAGUACAGAGGAAACCCAACGUGUCCCUCAAGUACUCAGACAGGUACUACCCUGCUGAGGUCUACACGGACGACAGAUAUGAACAGGAAGAGCAAGAAGAGGAAGAGGCACCUCGUCGUCAGCCCGCCCCAGCCCAGCUCCAGGCGAGGCCGAGCGCAAGGCCACAGGUAUUCAGAUCAGCAGAAGAAGUCAACAUUCCCCUCGUCCAAAGACGCCCUCAGCGUCCCUACGAAUUUGACUACUAA